AUCUGUCCCGUAUCCCAGUCGCGUCCUAACUGUACCGCGCGUCACAUGUGCUGUGCGCUCCGUUACACUCCUGAUUGCCUGGUACUUUUUGUGAUCUUGUGUGUGUUAUUCAUGUGUUUUUUUUUUGACGCUGUCUGUGGUAGCGGUACUAAGGCUAACUUAACAAUGCUUCCACGACAUUAGGACCAUGGAUAGUGUCUAGUGUUACAAUGGUGUUGAUGGACAAAGUGCUAAGGACUAUAAAGACUAAAGCAUGGUGCGUUCUGCUCGUGUGUGCUGUGGCGAUCGUGAUGGAAGCAGCUGCUCUCAAUGGGGACAACGUCUGCAUGGUGAAACAGAAAUACAACAUCACGAAACGAGUGAAAUACCGCGCUCCGAUGUCGGUUCGAACGUACGAGUGGUGCUUCUCCAUGCCACCCAGGUGCUCCCGGUGGAACACCGAGAUGAGAGACCUGACCAGGCUUGAGACGGAAGAAAGAAUAGCAGAGGUGGCGGUGUGCUGUCCAGGGUACAAGAUGAGGGAUGUCUCCUGUGUCCCCAUCUGUCCCAAUGGGAAGACGGGACCUGGCUGCUCCGAAGAUUGUCCGGACAACAAAUGGGGCCCGAACUGUAUACAUGAAUGUAAACGGUGUAAGAAAGGUUUCUGCUCACCCGUCACCGGCGAGUGCGAAUGCUUGGACGGAUGGCAAGGUGAGAGUUGUGAUGUGAGCAUGCCACCAACGACAGCGACGCCGUCGUUUGAAGAAAUACUAACAGCACUGACAACUAAAACAAUUCCUACAACAGCUAGAAUAACCUCCACUGUAACAAGUCUUAGAACCACGGUAACAACGCCUUCAACUACCACGACAACACCUAGAACUACUGUAACAACGCCUAGCACUACUGUGACAGCUCCUACGACAAUUGUAACAACUCCUACUACAGUUGCAACAACUCCUACUACAGUUGCAACAACUCCUACUACAGUUGCAACAACUACUACAGUUGCAACAACUCCUACUACAGUUGCAACAACUCCUACUACAGUUGCAGCAACUACUACAGUUGCAACAACUCCUACAACAAUUGCAACAACUCCUACUACAGUUGCAACAACUACUACAGUUGCAACAACUCCUACUACAGUUGCAACAACUACUACAGUUGCAACAACUCCUACUACAGUUGCAACAACUCCUACUACAGUUGCAACAACUACUACAACAGUUGCUACAACAGUUGCACCAACUUCUACUUCUCCCACAACAACCGUAGCUCCCACUACUAACGCUAUAUUACCUACUUCAGCGUCAACCAAAAAUGUGUUCACUGCAACGAUAGUUACUUUGGACACAAAAGAAAAUCAUAGAAAUGAAAUGACGACUACGCUUACCAAAGAAUUUCCAAAAAUAGUUCCGGACUAUGUAAACACAACUCUUGCAACUUCAAGUACUACAAAGGCUACUAAACCUAUUACUGAAGCAGUUACAGAGAAAGUCAAGAUUCAUUCGAUUAAAACUGACAAGUUAGAGACUACCACAGUACCAAUCAUUGUAAUAAAAAGCGCACCAACUGCAAAUGCAAAACCAAAACCCAUUGAAGUUCUUACGACAACCGAAAUGCCAACAACUGUAUCAUCAACAACUGUAGAAACGACGAUAAAAAUGGAAACCUCGAAAAAGGAAACCACAGUAAAAUUUCUCCCAACAACGAUCAAAUUCAAACCAAAAGAAAUAUGGAUAAGGCCAGCUCAAAAAGGUGAAUCUCCUAUUGUAGAAACAAAAAUUAAAACUACUCAUGAAUUUCCAAGGUACAGAAGUGCUAACAAUAAUAAUAAAGAACUCACACCAACUGUUACUACACCAAAGACGAUCAUCGUAUCUAUUAUACCUACAUCUGUAUCUUAUACAACUUUUAAAAAGAUCGCUUUAACUUCGUCAUUUGUAUCAGCAAAGAACAGCUCGACAGUACAGUCCUAUAAUAAAACAGAGAUUGAAUCUACAAAGCCAAUGCUAACAGAAACUACAACACCGCCAAUCAAACUGAGUCCUUUGUCAAGAAAAGAUUUGUUGGCUACAUCAUAUUUCAUAAACAAUACUCUAGUGUCAAGCACUUCUGUAACUCCAAAACCAACAACUUCUUCAACUAAAUCAACUAUUAUAGUAACGAAAUCUCUGGAAACUAAGCCUAUACCUCGUAUUAAUAGAACUAACAGCAUGAUGACUGACAUUAACAAGAAUGUUUCUACUUUCAUAACAACUGCUUCUUUCAAUGCAACAAGAACUUCAUUGAAAAUGAAUGAUUUACUCACGACUUCUACCACUACUAGCACAACUCCUAAACCUACAAGUGUGACGCAAUCCUCGACGGAGCAUACAACAAAGCACUUGAUAAAAUAUGUUUUACCUAAAAAAGUUACUGCAACAACAGAAAUAAAAAAGAUUAAACCAACUACUAAUGCACCAAAAAUUGAUGAAAAAGAAUUUAAAAAGGCUAACGUUACUAAAAGUUUUACUAAAGUUACUACUGAAGGACCAGCGGAUGAUGAAGAAUUUCAUAUUUUGACAGAACCUGAGCAUAUAACAGCUGUUAUGGGGGACAAAGGGACUGAGAGGUCCUCAGUAGACCUGAUAUCGGUGAUCAGUAUAGCAGGAGGAGUGAUGAUGGCGGUCAUCACGGUAGCCGUAGUGAUUGUGAUGAUUGAGAGGUGCAAGAAGCCGAGAUACGAGGACGUGAGGAAGAUCAAUGACAUAAGAAUGCAAGUGAUGAUUGAUAACAAUGAUGUACCGCCGCCAUACGUGAGGAGCAUCUUCCAUACGCCGUUACCAGAUCCUCCAUCAUCGGAAAAAUGCCAUUAUCAACCAAUUUCAACGUUGGAUCGGAAUUUAAAACAAUUUAUGAGGCCGGUUGUAGUACAAACGAUUUCCCCUAUAAUGCUGGAGAACUUUAGAGGUAUCCUAGAAUGUCAUUACGACCAUUUGCCAAGAAGAAGCCACGAGUUCAACACAAUCCAAACUCGUUCUUCAAUAGCGCCAUCUAUGAACGACUGCAGCGAACUACGACAACUUCGAGCUAGCGUAACUGAAUCUACAAUUGAAGCGUUGAAAUGUGAAGCAAAGCUGGAUGUUAUAGAUAGCACAACUUCAGAACCUCUUUAUGCUGAAAUUCCGUGCUGGAGGCCACCUUCCGAACAUGCUAUUGAAAUCAUGAACUUAAACGGCGAAGCCGUAACCGAAUUAUGACCGCAAUGCGCAGAUGAAAGCACUAGCUCAGCUCGUAGUUCUAGAAUGUUGUACUAGAUGGCGUUGUAUGAAAGUUUUAAUAUCGUACUACCAAAGAUUUUUUGUGUGAAGUAAAAUUAUUAUAAUAAUUAUUAUUGUAUUAGGAAAAUAAUUAAACUAAAUUAAAAUUA